GGUUGAUAGACACACUGAGGAGAUAUAAGAGAGCUGACCUGAACCACCCCUCACAACGACAGCAUGCUGCAGACACUGGCCCUUCUGCUGCUACAGGCAGCAUAUGUUUUUAGCUGUGGCACACCUGCUGUCCCUCCCAACACUGGUAGGAUUGUGAAUGGAGAGGAUGCUCGUCCCCAUAGCUGGCCUUGGCAGAUCUCGCUGCAGGUGAAGCAUGGCAGUCGUUACCAUCACACUUGUGGGGGGACUCUGAUUGGACCUCGCUGGGUGCUGACCGCUGGACACUGCAUCUGGCCAGGAGAUGUGUACCGUGUGGUCUUGGGAGAACAUGACAUGAUCCAACAGGAGGGCACUGAACAGAUCAGAGAUAUUCUGCGCAUUGUUGUCCAUCCCAACUGGGACAUUGAUCAUGUGGCUGAUGGGAAUGAUCUUGCCCUCCUGAAACUGGAUAAGAGCCCCAUUAUGAAUGACAGCGUGGGUGUUGCUUGUCUUCCACAGGCUGGAGAGAUCCUUAGCCAUGGGGCCCCGUGUUACAUCACUGGCUGGGGCAACCUUUACACUCAUGGCCCCAUGCCUGAUAAACUGCAGCAGGCCUUGCUGCCUGUGGUGGAGCACAGCGUCUGCAGCCACAGUGACUGGUGGGGGAUCACCGUCAAGAGCACCAUGAUCUGUGCAGGAGGAGACGUCGUAUCUGGAUGCAAUGGGGACUCUGGUGGUCCUCUUAACUGUUUGGGUCAGGAUGGUAGAUGGUACGUCCAGGGUGUAACCAGCUUUGUUUCCUCCCGUGUUUGCAAUGAAGUGAAGAAACCCACAGUCUUCACCCGCAUCUCUGCCUUCACCGAGUGGCUCAGUGAGGUCAUGCUGCAGUACUGAGGAUCUCCUGGAUACCAACUGAUGAUCUGCAAAAAAUAAUGAGAUCCCAAGUCAAUAGUUCUUUCUACUUGGGUGAUUUCAUUUACAGGUUAGAUAUCACAAUCAGUACAAAAAA